CGGCUGGCGGCGGCGGCGGCGGCGCCUGAGGUUGCAGCCCGGGGACUUUCCGGCUCCCGCUCUUUCCGCUGGCCGCGCUCGCUGGCGCUGCUGUUGCAGCAGCAGAUCAGAUCAGAUCAGGCGAGGGUUCCGCUUUUCAGGGUUCUCUGAUCCCGACUUGCAGCGGCUCCCGAGCCUCUUGCCUAAAGGAGACGCUCGCUGGCUGCAAAGCCCCGAAAACAGUCCCGCCCAGGCGGAGUCGCAAGUAGGGCACCAGGUGAAAUGGAUUCCCCUGACUACCUAGAGGAGGAUUUCUCCAAUCUAGAUGGGCUGGAGGAUGAUGUCUUCCACUCUGAAGACUGUGGACUUGCCAGUCAACCCAACCCAAAUGAGAUGACAUUUCCUGGCAUUUUCACACAGAGUAAAUCUUACAACUGCCUUCUGGGGAGAUUCCAGCUCUUCCCACUUACACACUGUUGCGGCCCAGGAACCAGGCAUGCCAAGCAGCAAGAUAAGGCAACUCAAACCCUCAACCCAUCCUCUUCUAGCCAGGAUGUGAUGUUACCUUGUGGGGUCACUGAAGAGCCCCAGAGACUCUUCUAUGGGAAUGCCGGGUUCCGUUUACAUGUCAACCCCAUUGGUUUCUCAUUGAGCCCACACCUCCAGGAGGAACCUCGGGAAAGUCCACAGGAACUGCGAACUGAAGUUCAGAUUGCACGGAAGUUACAGUGCAUUGCAGACCAGUUUCACAGGCUGCACCUACAGAGGCACCAGCAGAACCGAAACCAGGUCUGGUGGCAGAUCCUCCUUUUCCUCCAUAAUGUGGCAUUGAACAUGGAGGCCAACAGACACCACGCGGGUCGGAGGUGAGAGCUACCCUGCUUCUUCCGGGUCCCAUCCAGUCUUCUGGGAGCACUGAACAAAUCCAGGGCAGACAUGCAUAUGCCACUAGGCAGGCGUGAGGCUCCUGUGAAACUGUACAAAGGACUUGCUUUCUCUCUCCGUGGCUUCCUGUCCUCUGAGGUGGGAAGCUUUGGUCCAACACUGUUGAAGAACAAUCCUCCAAUCAAAUGUGUGUGGCUUUCACUCAAGAAGCAAGCAAGGAAGGAAGGGGCUGGUAUUUGAAAGCUUUGGUUUUAGCCAGUGAUGGGCACAUGCAACAUUUUGCAACAUUGCUUGCUGGUUAGAAAUUUAGGGACGAUGAGUCACAACGAAUUGGGGUAUUUUACAAAUGAGGCACACUUGUUUCGGGAAACCUUUUUUAUAUAAAAAAAAUAUGUUCAGGAACAACUAUGAAAUGGCAUACGUGUACAGCUGGGGAAUAUUGAAUCCUUACAUUUUACUGCUGGAAGACACUGGUUUGAAAAAAAGGAGCAAAGCUUGACUGGAAAUAUACCUUCUCUGGAAUUUACAAAGCCAUGAAGCUGGGUCCCCCUCCCAUUUUUUUAUUUUGGGGGGGGGGGGGAAUCGAAAAAUAAGCAGUAUCUUCUCAUUUAAAGUACUAACUGCACUACUUUGAGAACACAAAAGUGUAUUAUGUUUAACCCAGCAGAUAAUAUUGUGCUGUAUCAUAUAUUUAUGAAAAUUUUCAUUGCCUUAAUCUUAUUCAAAUAUAUCCAGUUAGAGGUGGAGCUGCAAGCCUCUAAGAUACCUAUCUUUAUUUUUGUGAGUUGGGGAAAAUAGGAGUAAAAAUGAUGGGAGAAGAUCACCGUCACAAUCUUCCAAUCAUUCCAUCAGCACAAGCAAUUUCAGCUUGCCCAAUGGAAUGAUACUCCUUCUCCUCGCUGCACAAACUAUUCUGGACUUCUCCUGGUGUCCCCCCAGAGCCAGUUUGAGAGGGUCCUGGGGGUGCAAUGGGACUUCCCCCUCCCUCCACUGGCUCCCACUAGCACACCUACUUAGUUGAAUCCUACCCAUGUUGACAAAUAUAUUGUUGAUGGACUACAGGAACCAGAAACAUCACAGUAAAAUUGGGGGGGGGAUAUUACCAGGACUUAGAGAGACCUUGAUAUAUAAAGCUAUGAAACUAAGUUUGGUACUCCAGGGCAAGUUUGGGACUUGUGACAUUUUCAAUCUCAUUCAAGUAAAAGUCAGAGGGUCUCUUAAAAAAAAAAAAAACCCGCCUUGCCACAAAAAUAAGGGAUCAGCAGACCGGAAGUCGCGCUGCGGCCAUUUUGGAACUGUGCAGAGCAGCCUCGAAAGUCGCUUCUGAGCAUGCUCCGCCAAGUUCCAAAAUGGCCAUCGCUCCAGAAAUUGCUUCUGCGCAUGUCCAGAGACUCCAGACAUGCGCAGAAGGAGCCUCCCCCGGGCGGUAAGUAAACCGGGGGGAAACAAAAAAAAAUCCAGCUGGGAAUGGCUGGAAAAACGGGGGUUUCCCGGGGAAUACGGGAGACUUGGCAGCUAUGUAUACAGUGGAUGCUCAGGUUGCGAACGUGAUCCGUGCGGGAUGCAUGUUUGCAACCCGUGUCUGCGGACGUGCAGGUUGUGAUUCGGCGCUUCUAUGCAUGCGCAAAGCGUGAUUUAGCGCUUCUGCGCAUGCGCCAAACCCAGAAGUAACCUGUUCUGGUACUUCCAGGUUCGGUGUGGAGCGCAACCCAAAAGGACAUAACCCACAGCAGACGUAACAUGAGGUAUGACUGUAUCAGAUAUUUGGCAGCACUCCUGCGCCAAAUUGCCACAGAUAUUCUGCAUUCUGCAACAUUUAGAGGUCUCUUUGCCAACAUCUAAGAGUAUUCCUCAUUUGGUGAUCCAGCCCAGAUUAAUAGCAAUUAUAGCCUUGCUAACUCUACUUAUUUUUAAUAUAUCGGAUCUAAGAAAAUAAAAACUGAAUUAAUUGACUGUGUCAGUAUGAUUCUUAAAGGCUGCUUUUAAAAGCAGUUCACUUGUUGUGAAAGAAAAAAAAUUUCGCAGGGGUUUUUGAUUCGAUAUCAUCCCAAAUUUCUAAUUUUUCAACUUUUCCUUUUGGGGAAAAAGCAGGACAUGGGGAGAGAGAGUUCCCCCCCCCCCGCCUCUUGCAGGCCUUAAUUCUACCGUACUUCAUAUUCCCCUCAUGCUGCCUCAUGCUCUCGUGAAGCUGACCUUUGCAACAUUUGCACGAAUCAGUGCAGCUAUUUCUUCUUAGAUUAUUUCUCAACGUUUUCCAGGAUGACUUGGUAGCUUACUGCUCAACCGACUGUUUUCAUCCUGUUGGAAAGUGGUCUCCCUGGACCCAAUCCAGACCCUGGAGAGUUUCUAAUCAUCACAAUGUGAAAAUGGAUCAUUUAGGGUGUGUGGUUAUGACGAUGAGACUUUGUUGGCAGACUCCUUUGGGAGGUCAAGUUUGGGCUUUUGGCCAUAUAAAUAUAUGCAUACUCAGGGAGUUAUGCUUCUCAGAGUAACUUCCUGGGAAAAUCAGUUGCUGAAUGAGAUUGUGCAACCUAUAAUAGCCUACGGAGUUAGUGAUGGUGUUGGUGGAUUAUAUCUUCUUUUUUAAGGACUCAUCUAGUUUCAUUUUUGGCAACCCCCUUCACAGCUUUUCCUGAUCAAUAAAACUUAAUUCCUUUCCCAUGUGUUACAGAGCUAAUGCCUAAAGUCCAUUCAAUAUAUCCCCAUUUGCCAGCAGUAUUGGAGGUUGCCAUGAGUGAAUAUUGGCUAGCAAAAAAUAAAUGUCAUGAGAGUUCUUGUUGGCUUUGAAUCUGAAUAAUAUACAGUAUUUGAGCAAUAUGGAACAACGGAUUAUGUAGAACAAAGGAUGGGCGUCUUUAGCUAAUAUUGAUACAUAAUUAUUAUCGUUGAGUAAUAAAUAAUAUUUGAUUGCAUCCAACGAAUUGUCCUGAUAGCACGAGGGCUUCCACUUGCUCAACAGCUCCUCUUCUCCUCAUGCUCCCUCCCCCAAAUUUGUUCUGAGGUUCCCCCAACUACCUGGAACUCCCAACUAUGGGAGGUGGAGAGGGAGAAGAACUCCUAUUCAAAGGAUGAAUUCAUUGGAUAGAACCCUUCAUGUGUUAAUUACUAUUAUCAUUGUCAGUGUUGGCUGUUGGUUAAUACUGAACAAUUAUAAUAAUCAAUACAUACAUACUGUAUUUAAAAGUGUGACCGAGAAACUUGGGCUGCAUAAUAGGAUGAAAGCAGUCAGUGGCUUCAUCCUAUCUUGAAUAUAUAAGGAUGCAAACAUCAUUCCUGAGUGACGAUCUGGGGAGCCUACAAGGACUUUCAGCUUCUCAUUUCCUGGAGAACAGUAAAAGCUGCUACUUAAGAUAUGGUAAUAGAAAAUGAGGAGUUCCACAUCUGCUGCCUCCACUGUCCUUAGGCUCUUUUAAAAUUUUAAACUCAACUGCACAGGCUAGAACAGGCAUCCCCAAACUUCGGCCCUCCAGAUGUUUUGGACUACACUUCCCAUCAUCCCUGACCACUGGUCCUGUUAGCUAGCGAUCAUGGGAGUUGUAGGCCAAAACAUCUGGAGGGCCGCAGUUUGGGGGUGCCUGGGCUAGAAAGACUUGGCUUGUUAUGGAUAUUCCCUAUGAUUUCUGCAACUCCAUCAUGUUUCGUUUGUAUACUUUAGCUGAUCUGUUUUUUUUCCUCUCUGUUUCUGGAUAGUGUACAUAUUUUAACCCUCUUGUGAUGCCAUAUUAACAUUUUGUUAUUGGAUUGCCCUCUCCGGGAGACAGCUGUCUUCUCCAAGUGUCUAGAAGUGUAAUCAUUGGGAGGAGUGAGUGCACAAGUGUGUAAAUGUAUAACCAUUCAUUGCACACACUGCCCCUGCAUUUGUACAGCACUGGAGAAGGAUUUUCCCAGUGGUCUUCAGUGCGAGGAGUACAGUACUUGUCCCUAUUGCCAUCUGUGAAAUGUAGGAGGGCAUACGUUUUGUACUCUGUUGUGCAUUUGAGGACCUCUCUGUUUUCUCUCAAGUAAAUAUUUCAGGCUGUAAGGCUGCAUUUCCAACCUCCAUUGCCCUGGGCUGGGAAGAAGGGGCAGGCUGGGCAUGUGGCCUCCACUUGCAGAGUGUCGCCAGCAUCACUCUCUAGCGCAGAGCUUCUCUCCUGCAGGUGAUAUGCCUGCUGAUGGCAGCCCCCAGAAAAACCCCAAACAGGAGAGGGGACAGGGCUGAGAUGGCCUAGGAUCCACUGGAUCCCAAGCCAGCCCUGCCCCACUGCCAUAACAUGUGACAGAACACAACUGUUGCUGUUGUUUGCUAUGAAUGUGGUGGUAGCAUUGGGGUGUUAAACAGGUAAAUCAGUUAGACAUUUGUGAAUGUUGAAGUUUUGGAGUGACAGCUAUCACCAUUGGACUGUUCGGAAGAUAGUGAAAUUUGUACCUUUUAAAGUAUCUUUAUGCAUGUUUCCAUAAAGCCAUUGACUUAUUUCAUACAUGUGCCCACUUUUUCAAGCACAAGUUUUAAGGUGAAUCUGACAUUGUUGUUGUUAUUAUUAUUAUUAUUUCAUGUUGCAUUCUGCACACCCUUCAUCAUCAUAUUUGUCCUUGACUAAAAGUGCUUCCAGGCAGGGGUUUAUUGUGGAUUUGGUACUGUCAUGCAUCCAACUUUGUUUGUAGGCAGCAUCCACACAAUGUUACUGGCAACAAAACACCAGCUCAUAUUCCCUCACUGCCCCCAGCUGCCAAAAUAUAAUCCGGAUUUACCCUUUCGGUGGGGGGGGGGGAAUCCAGUAAGGAGAAAGAACCCUAUUGUUGACUACCCGUUUGUGGUCUCUCAAGGGCCUACUUGCAAAUUAAGUCCCCAUCUGGAAGCAUCCUCAGAAAAGAGGAUUUAAAUAAUAAUAAUAAUUCUGGGCAUCUUUUCCUUUUCUAUCUCUUUCUUGUUUUCUGUUCUUUCUUUGUCAGUCCUUUUUAAACUUUCCUUGGGUGUUUUAAAGCCAGGAAUAGUGCUUUUGCUGCAAUUCUUGGAAACUGAGACAGAAAUCAUAACAAACGGCACUGCCUAAGGUAGUUUCCAGCUGCCAGGAAUUAGGGCAAGGUGGGGAGAGAGGAGGGGAAAUGGUCUUCAGAUAAAAAGAGCAGCCCUUGGGAAGACCGGCUUUUCACAAAGUGCUGAUGGUCUCAGUGCUAGCAGUGCUCUGCUGCACAACUUCUGUGGCUACAGAUGCACGGCGACCGUUUUUAUGUUGGUUUCUGAGGUUUCUCUUAUGUUCCAUGGCCUUUUUAUUUUCCCCAUUGUACCAGGCCUGCCUGUCUUCCUCUGCCAACCUAAGCAGCCUGUUGGCAGCAAGCUCUUGUCUGUGUUCCUGAAGGAUGGAAGUCUCUCUCAUUUUGCAUGCUGGCCCUGAAGCAAGGCUUUCCUGCGCUUCCAGCCUCUCCGCCACUCGCAAGCUUUGUCCCUAUCAGCUGCUAGAAUAAGGGAGCAGUAAGGGUAAUCCAGCGUCUGCCUAGGAGGCCAUGCCUGUAGCUUUGCUUUUUCCUCAGAUUGGCUACUGGUCUUGUUUUGCUCCAUGCGGAGCAUGAAUAAGGGCUGUUUUGGCAUGGCGAUAAAGCCCGAGUUAGAUAAAGCACCAAGGUGCUGUCCAAAAGGGACUACGAGCCGGUAUUGAUUCACAUUAAUAAGUACUUUGCACAAAUAAGCACAUACAUAGCCCCCGAUUCACAGCAAUAGCUGGCUUCGAGCCCCCUCUGACAAUGCUGCCCUGUGGAAGUGGGCCGAGGAUGGCCUUAAUCGCACAUUCUGAACCUGGCACAACAGGUCGAAUGUGCUCCAUGGAAUUUGACAUAACACAAUGGUUGGGGGAAUCUUGAGCAGAAAGUUGGAAGGAUCAAUGCCAAUGAACAAAGACUUAUGGUAGGGCUUAAUAGAAAUUGCCCACUAGCCGUAAGCGGAGUAAGUGUAUACUAAUGCUGUAAUCACCACAGAUGAAAUCAGUAAAUAUAUUUGCUACUCCACAUUGUAUUCACAGAUUGCCAAAUUGCAUUCUAGAACAUGGGAAGGUGUAUUCUGCUGGCAGCCCAUUGGUCCUUUCAGUUUAGCUUUGUCUACACUGAUUGGCUCUCUGGGGUUUCACAGCCCUACCUAGAAAUACGAGGGAUUGUCCCUAUGCCCUUUUUUUUAAAAAAAAAUCCAAAUGCACCCAUAGAGACUUUGCCCACCUGAACGUGCCUGUGUGUGCUGCCGGCUACUCUUCCACCACGCACCUGUAUCGCAACCCCACAAUCCGCCUUGUCACGGGGAGCAGGGAUUGGGGUGGAAGGAAGAUAUCAUUGCAGGGCCAGCCCAUUGGGGGAAAUGGGGCAGCCGCCUUGACCAGCAGGUGCUGGUGAGCAAGGAACAGCUGUGUGGGCCUGGAGUUUAAAAACGCCUUGGGAUUGUCCUGGGCCGCUGCCUUAUCACCUUGUGCAUCAGGUGAUUUAAAGGCAUUGGGUAGGUUUCUGGGUGGUAACGUGGCGAUCCAAACACUGCUUUUCCUGACAUGGAUUUUAAUGCCCUUUGCAGAGCAAGCAUGUUCCUGAUGUCAUGUUGGGUUUUGUUGGGUUUUAUUAUUAUUGACAUCCUGGGUGUUGUUGGGUUUUAUUAUCUCCUAACCUGCCCGGUUUUGUGUUCUGAAAGCAGGCAUUGUUGCUCAUUCUCCUAUUACAUCAUAUUUUUAAAUGAUUGAGUUCCGCACAUUAGCAGUGGGCAGAGAGCUUGUUGUUGUUGUUUAGUCGUUUAGUCAUGUCCGACUCUUCGUGACCCCAUGGACCAUAGCACGCCAGGCACUCCUGUCUUGCACUGCCUCCCGCAGUUUGGUCAAACUCAUGUUCGUAGCUUCGAGAACACUGCCCAACCAUCUCGUCCUCUGUCGUCCCCUUCUCCUAGUGCCCUCAAUCUUUCCCAACAUCAGGGUCUUUUCCAAGGAUUCUUCUCUUCUCAUGAGGUGGCCAAAGUAUUGGAGCCUCAGCUUCACGAUCCGUCCUUCCAGGGAGCACUCAGGGCUGAUUUCCUUAAGAAUGGAUAGGUUUGAUCUUCUUGCAGUCCAUGGGACUCUCAAGAGUCUCCUCCAGCACCAUAAUUCAAAAGCAUCAAUUCUUCGGCGAUCAGCCUUCUUUAUGGUCCAACUCUCACUUCCAUACAUCACUGACCUUUAAAAAUGUCGCUGCAGUUUACCAGAAUGGAGCAGGGGGCAAUAUGCAGCAACAAGGUCAGCACUGUGCAAACGCCAAUCCCACACUCCUGCCAGUUCACUGGCAAUGUGCCCACUCACUACUGGGGACGGGAGGUCAGCUACGUGCCUCCACCCUGCUGACAGUGGCUGCUUCCAUUGUGGGUGAUAAACUCAGUAGUGGAGCUAGAAAUAUGCCAAGCAGGCCUGAGGAUUGUUCUGGUGGAAGAGACCAAUUGCUGUCAGAUUCCGCCAGCAAUUUAUUGGGCGGAUGGCAUGGAGGGCUUUCCUUUAUUGGCAAGCUCGUUCCAUCUGAAUUGUUUUAUAUUAGUUGGAGAUGAAAGUGUGUCCUCAAAGUAGCUGCUAAAGUCCGAAGUGAGCUGGAGGCGCAGUCCCGUUGCACACCUGAGUUGAGUAAAUCCUACUGAGCUUUGUAGGACUUACUUAGUAAGUCGGUAAGGGAUUGUGCCCCAUGUCACGUCAGUAUCUCUGUGGCUCCUUCAGAGGACUUCAGCAAAUCCUCAGAAAUUUACCUUUGAAAACCUAGAUAUGUUCUCAAGCCACUUUCCUUUUGAGACAUCCUUCUCAGUUGAGGGCUCAUGUGCCUUAGUUACAGCUCAUCUAUUUCAUAGCUUGGAAAAAAGGUUGAUAGGGAUGCCAGCUUCUCAGCUUGUUGGUGUGCCACUAAAAGCUGCUUGAUUUGCAGGAUUUAGCUGCUGACAGCCCAAGUUAUAAAAAGGUAUAUUUGCUGGUUUCUGCACAUCUAGCUGCUCUGAAAUGUUAAAGUCUGAAUGCUUCCCUCCCCC